GGGCUGGGGCCGCCCCUGUCCGGGGGAGGCGGGGCCGGUCCGCGGAGGCCCCGCGGCGGCGGCGGCUCAGGCACAGCCGGGACGAGCACGAACGUUGGCAGGGUGAUGCCAGCUUGACCCAGAGCCAUGUCCAAGUACCUGAAGCACUUCACGGUGGUGGGCGAUGACCCCGUGCAGUGGAGCAACGACUACCAGAAAUGGGAGGAGGAGGAGGACAAUGGGGACAAGCAGCCGGACUCGGAGAUCAAGGUGGAGCCCGCCAGGAGACAGAUCUCCUUCCAGUACAUGAUGAAAAAGCUCUUCAGCUCCCACAGGUUUCAGAUCGGGGUUGUCUGGCUGGUGAUCCUGGAUGCCUUGUUGGUUCUUGGGGAAUUGCUCAUGGACUUGAAAAUCAUCCAUCCGGACAAAUAUAACAUAACCCCAAAGGUUUUCCACUACCUCUCCCUGUCCAUUUUAACCAUCUUCCUGGUCGAGGUGGGGUUCAAGGUGUUCGUGUAUCGCCGCGAGUUCUUCCACCACAAGUUCGAGGUGCUGGACGGGGUGGUCGUGGUCGUGUCCUUCGUGCUCGACGUCGUCCUCAUCUUCCGGGAGCACGAGUUCGAGGCCGUGGGGCUCCUGAUCCUGCUGCGGCUCUGGAGGGUGGCCCGGAUCAUCAACGGAAUAAUUUUAUCGGUGAAGACCCGCUCGGAACAACAAGUGUCCAAGUUAAAACAAGCCAACCUGAAACUUGCAACAAGGCUGGAACAACUGGAACACAGCUGUGUAGAGAAGGAGCAAGAAAUUGAGAGGCUGAACAACAUCUUAAAGCAGCAUGGACUCCUCAGCCAGCCAAAGUAGGAGGCCAGUUUUCCAAGGUGGGAAUUCUGCCUGGAGAGUGCAGUGUUGGAAUCCACCAGCUUGACCUGAAAGGUUUUUCUGUCUCUUUACUUCCUCUUGCAUUGUGUUGUCUAUAAACAUUUUCUAUUUGGCCACACUUUGAUCAGACCUUGAGACUGCAAAAAGAGUUUUGCUGGAAAAUUAAUCACACACAGUCCCUGUAAACAGCAAUUUUUUUCCCCUUUCUUGUACAGUUGUACAGUCAAAAUUGCAAAAUAAUUUAAUAAAGACAUCUUUACAAGCUACA